AUGCUGCCUUGUCCACAGACCUACCAGGCAAAGCCGUACGUUCCUGUCACCUCCGCUGCCAUUGACCCGUAUAAAGAAGGGCAGAGCUCUGUCGUCGAUAAUGAGCGCCUCGAUAGCUGGUUCCGGUACGUGGAGGCAGAGUUGCGACGCUAUCGCAGUCCCUUUGUCGCCGCAGAGGCUCUCUUGACCGAGCUGCGGCUGCGCAGCCACGACCUCUAUCAGCCAGAGCGCCUCUACGUUUCGACGGCGCUACGGAUACUGCAGGCAUGCGUGCCGCACCUCUCCAAGGAAACAGCCCAGGUGGUUCAGGCCGCGGUUCACGAGCUGCUCCCGUGCCUGGUGUACACGCGUUGCACACCCUUGACGACAUCGACGUCGGCCCAGUCUUCGUCGAGGGGCAUCGAGAAAGUGAUGCAGCUGACUUACGCCGGCGCCUUCCGCCUGUUGCUGGAGCGGUGGCAGCAGUGCCAGGCGCAACUUCGGCGGCUCGAGCGACAUGCUCGUGUGGAGGCAAGGGUGAUGGACCUUCUUAUUCACGAGCUGGACGACGUGUGGCUGAAGAUGUGCUUCUAUUCGUGGCGAACAUUUUGCAGACAGCUGAAGGUGCGCAAGGCGCGGCUCCGACGACGACUGCUGCGGGCCGCAACCAACGAGACGGCACCAGCCUUCCUGCGCACAUGGCGGCAGUACGCCCACAGGAUUGCAUUGGACGUCAAAACUUCUCGCAACAGCGUUCUUCAGAAGCAGGUGGAGACCCUCUACCCCCUCGAGCAGGAGGCAAAGAGCCGCUAUGAUCACCUGUGCGAGGAGAUUAAGGGCAAGAAUCGACUGGUGGGUGACAGCCUGCAGCGGCUGGAAGAGACGCAGCGCCGUCUCAAAGCGCUUGAGGACCUCAUCACCGAAACGCAAAGCUCCCUCACGGACCACUGGGCAACUUGGAAGGAGUGCAUGCGACUUCUCUUUCACGACGUCGGUGAGCUGCCAGACAAGACGGACCAGACACUUCGCGCCGAGUACAUAAUAAACAUCACCGACACGGCAUCGGCGCUGUCCAAGCGGGCGCGCAGUCGAGUGGGCCGCAUGGGACUGCGGCACAUUGCACGGUUUCUCCUGUUCGAGAAGGAGUGCGACUUUGAUGCCGAGAAAACGACCGGAGGUGGGGUGAAGGGCGCUUUGAGCUCGGUGUCAGACAUCGGCUCCUCUUCCUCCACCUCCUGGUGUGUGCCUCCCCACACCCGUGGUACGUUUCUUUCUGGGGUCUCGAGACCCUCGAUCACCCACGAUGUCGCCGCAGGGUCAGAGAGGACGGCUGCCUUUGCGGAGCAGCCGAAUGCAUCGGCCCCGCUUCCAACCGUCUCCGCGACGAGUCUGGCCUCCAAGGUGAAUGAUGUGUACUGGGCUGUGGCAACCGUUGCUCGGCCGGUGCUGACGCCACUUCAUUUGAUGGACGUGCUCCAUCACAACGAGGCGCACUUGAACAUCACACUCGCUUUUCUUUCCACCGUGUACAGUGGCGGCCACUGCUCCCUUUUUGCACCCGCAGUGCGGGCUGAGGAGAGGACUGGAGUGAUGCCGCUGCCUCUUCCCUCGAGUGAGGGAUUUAACCAGACGCUGCCGACAGUAGUGCCGAAAGACGGCAGCAGCAGCAACGGCGGAACCCCAGCUGAUGUGGAGGAAGUGAAGUGGGGUGCACUCAUGAUGCAAGAUGUGACGCGCGGCAUGGCGAAGAUGCAGGACUGCGCUGACGUGAAUGAGAGCUACUUGCUGGCUGUGCGCCAAGGCAUGAUGAUGAGUGAGUUGGAGGUGGUCCAGGGGCACCUCGAAGACCUGUAUGCUCGCUGGGCAGCCACCGGUUUACCCCUCUCGCAACAGAAGCUGGAGUCUGUCUGGCAGCCUAUCGUGAAUCCGGCGAGGCUGCCCAUCCUCCAGGCGCUCUAUCCUGAGUAUGGAAUUACUUGCUUCACCGAGCUGGUCCACUACGUUACCCGUGUAGCCGAGUUCAGUGGCUGUUCCUUGCAAGCGCUGGCACAGAGGCUGGAUGCUACGUACCCGUAUGACCCGCUAGACGACCUGCGUGUCUUCCGGCGCAGCGACGAGGCCACAGAGCUGUUCUGCGAGCACGCGGCACCCCUAGCGAGACUGCUGGAGUGGCUGAAGGACGAGACAAACUCAUCGCAGUACCACCGCGAUCACCUCUCCGUGCUUCUCGAACGCGAGUUCGGGCUGACGCCGGAGGAGGCCGCGGACGUGUCGAUUUACGCGCGACGUGAGGGCGGCGAUGUGGUGGACUGCGAAUACAUUGAGUGGCUUCUGUUGUUUGCCGCCACGUACGUGGAUCCCUCCCCCUUCACCUCUCUCCUGGAGAAAGUCGCGCGACUGCUUGCGGACUGCACCCCCUUCUUUCAGCAACUUGCCUGA